GUUGUUAUCGCUGGGUUUUGUGUUGUUGUCCAAGACCAAACCGAGUUACGUUGAAUGUAAGAGGUACAUGUACUGUAGUGUUUGUGAAUAAACAAAAGCCCGACUCUUGCUAGGUCGUGUUACUAUCUGAUCUCCAUAAGUAGAAGGCGUUGUCGCGAAGCUGCGUCUCGUGGCAAAGUCAGUCCUUCCUCGAAAGUCAGUGUUAAUAGUUCAUCGCGAGGCUCCAAAGGUAAUCUUGAACUAUGGCCUCGUCGAACUUUCCCGCGGUGGUGAAGAGUGCUUGACAGGAUUAGUCGGUUAGGUAGGAAUGAAUUUCAGUUGGAGACAAAUCGCCCAUCGUGAACUCUCUCAGCACCGCGCAAACGCGUCCCGACUCCCGCUACAGGUAUGGAAGAAGACGCACGUGGUGGUCAUCGGUUCUCGAGAGUACAUGUACUUCGGUUUCAGGCUAGGAGGUAUGCUCGGAGAGGAGGCGAUAAGCUGCAAAGUCAAUCUAAACAAACAUUAAACAAACAUUGUUUCCAAGUACAUGUUCCUGGACGGAUGAGCGUUGACUCUGUUGACUCCGUUGACAAGUCCACGUCGA